AUGGGGUCCAGCUCCUCUUCCUACGCCCCUAAAACCAUCUACCUGGAUGUUGACGGGAAGGUGCAGAAGGUGGUCUUCAGUCGGCACUGCAGUCCGUGUGACAUCAAGGAGUUGCUCUGUUCUUCCUCUAACAUCCCCAGGAACACAGCCAUAAUGGUGGUGGAUCCUGAGGGUGCACUGGUCUCCAUUGACCCCACCAUGCCCACCAACUCUCCCAACUCCUUGUACAAAGUCAUUCCUUUAUCUACUGGUCAGCUAGGAGAGAAGGAAGACAUGUUUCAGAAUGUGCUGUCUCAGGUGGCGGAACAAUUCAGCAGGGCUUUCCGAAUCAAUGAACUGAAAACUGAGGUGACCAACAGGCUGGCCAUGCUGGAGAAGAGAGUGGAGUUGGAGGGUCUGAAAGUGGUGGAAAUUGAGAAGUGCAAGAACGAUCUGAAGAAAUUGCGAGAUGAGAUGACUUCAAGAGGAGGAGGACGAGUGAACUGCCCCUGCAAAUACAACUUUUCAGAUGAUGGGAAGAAACUGACACCAAGACGUGAUGUUCCAAGCUAUCCAAAGUACACUCUUUCUCAGGAAACCAUUGAAGCACUAAAGAAGCCUACAUUUGAUGUCUGGCAUUGGGAGCACAAUGAGAUGCUGAGCUGCCUGGAGUACAUGUACCAUGACCUGGGUCUGGUGAAAGAAUUCAACAUGAACCCCAUCACACUCAAACGCUGGCUGCUUGCCAUUCAGGAGAAUUACCGUAGCAACCCGUUCCACAACUUCCGCCACUGUUUCUGUGUGAGCCAGAUGAUGUAUGGGAUGAUUCACCUCUGUAACCUUCAGGAAAAGCUCACCCUUACAGACAUGGGCAUUCUCAUGACAGCCGCAGUGUGUCAUGACCUGGACCACCCCGGCUACAACAACACGUACCAGAUCAAUGCACGGACAGAGCUGGCUGUGCGCUACAAUGACAUUUCUCCCCUGGAGAACCACCAUUGUGCUGUGGCCUUCCAGAUACUCUCUCUGCCUGAGUGCAACAUAUUUGCCAACGUUGAGCCUGAGGCCUUUAAGCAGAUCCGACAGGCCAUCAUCACCCUGAUCCUGGCCACAGACAUGGCCAGGCAUGGCGAGAUACUUGACUCCUUCAAGCACAAAGUGGAUAACUUUGAUUUCACCAACGAAGAGCAUGUGACAUGUCUGAAGAUGGUUUUGAUUAAAUGCUGUGACAUCUCCAAUGAAGUCAGGCCAACAGAGGUGGCAGAGCCUUGGGUAGACUGUCUGCUGGAAGAGUACUUCAUGCAGAGUGACAGAGAGAAGUCUGAGGGGCUUCCUGUUGCUCCAUUUAUGGAUCGGGACAAGGUGACCAAACCUACAGCACAGAUUGGCUUCAUCAAGUUCGUCCUCAUCCCGAUGUUUGAGACAGUCAUGAAGCUCUUUCCUCAGAUUGAGGAGAUAAUGGUGCAGCCGUUGCGGGACUCUCGUGACCACUACGAAGAGCUGAAGCAGAUUGAUGAUGCCAUGACCGAGGCACAGAAGAAAAAAACUGAAAAUAUGUCAUUGGGAGGAAAGAAGAAAUAG